CCUGGUUAAACAGUCCAGAUUGUGUGUGUAAUUCUAUCAAUGACUACAGCCAUGAAGUACGCGCGGUCACAUGACCUGACAUUUUCAUCCAAUCCGGGAAACAGUCGAAUUAAAUGCAACCGAUCCAUCGACGAUAGCUGCCGUGUCAACCAGAGUAUAGAUAUUGAUAGAUAGAGCUCUGGGUUGUUCCUGAUCGACAACGCGCAUUACAUAUCCGCGCGGCUGCUUCCACCCAGAUUAUGCAUGCACCGAUGUAUUGAAAACUACUUACCUUCGUGUGGAAUUGAGAGCAUAAUGCAACCAAACAUCAAAGCUCCAGAGCAGGAGGCCACCCCAAGCCACCCAGCCGAUACCCCAGUUAUAUCAUCUCCUCGCCUGCAAAGAAAGCCCAAGAAACAGACCCUCAACCCCCUCCACCAUAGUAUUCAGGCUUUCAUCACCCAGCACCUGCCCCCAGAUACCCUAGCCAAACAUAACCUCACCCUCACCUCCCUCCCCAAGCGUUUCACCAUUUACGAACCCCUCCUACUCCUCCCAGUCAACGCCCUCACCACCCCACCCGCCUGGCACUCCUUGUACCAAGAGCUCACCGCGGCGCAGCGGCAGACCCUCUUCGCCACGCUUCUCCAAUCCUUUUCCCGCUACGGCCUCACCCAUGUGGCCAUGAACGCGCCAAUUGCGCUCACAGAUCCCAACUCCGGAGCGGAAAACCGAAUCCGCAGUCCGGGAGGUCUGAUCCCACUAUAUGGUGAUUUCGGGCCGAUGCCGCCUGCAUCUCCGUCAUUUGCGUGCCCGGCCAAGGUCGAGGCUGAGGGCGAGGCGGCGCUGGCGUGUCCCACCUCCAGAGACUUGGAGCAGGCCUUCUGGGUGCGGACGGUCCAGAACCAUGGAAUCGUGCAGAUCUGGGCGCCGUUAUACACCAUGUUCUCACGGGGCAAUAUUACAGAGAAAGCGCGGAUACUCGGGAAUGGGUUUGAGGGGUUGGAUGAGCGGCAGCUCGGAGAAUAUGUCUCUGGGACCAGUGUGGUGGACAUGUAUGCUGGGAUCGGAUAUUUUGUGUUUUCGUAUCUGAAGCGCGGGGUGAAGAGGGUGUGGGGGUUUGAGAUUAAUGGGUGGUCGGUCGAGGGAUUGCGGAGGGGGUGCAUGGAGAAUGGAUGGGGAUGUAAGGUGUUCCGGGUGGGAGAGGAUGGGUCAUUACUGGGAGGACAUUCGUUGAGAGAAGUGGUGGAGCGCUUGACGGAGGAGGAUCGCGUGGUUGUGUUCCAUGGUGAUAAUCGGUUUGCGGCGCAAAUCUUGGGAGAAAUCAGGGAGUCCAUGAGGCCAGGGGAGUGGAAUAGGGUCAGGCAUGUUAACUUGGGCCUCCUUCCUUCGUCUUGCUUUGCGUAUGAGAAUGCUUGCAGGAUUGUGGACGGCGAGAUGGGUGGGUGGGUGCAUGUUCAUGAGAAUGUGAAUGUGCAGGCGAUUGAGGCGAAGAGGGAUCAUGUCACUGCGGAGUUGGGGAAGUUGCGAGAGAAAGUGUUGGGCGUGAAGCCUCAAUCGACGACCACUGCUGCUGCUGCUGCUGCUGCUGAGUGUAGGCAUGUUGAGCAGGUCAAGACUUAUGCGCCGGGGGUGAUGCAUUGCGUGUUCGACGUACGGUUGUCAUCCAGCGAAGAGACAAAGGCUUCAACCGCUUAACACCCACUUUCGAGGAAAGCAAC